AUGUACGCCGCUCAGAAUAUAACGCCAACAGUUUUGGAUGCUAUGAAUGGAAAUGUUUCCGAAUGGUAUAACGAAUGCGACAAUGCCAUUAGAAGGUCAGAAAUAGUUCCUGGAACUUACGAAUAUACAACUGCUGUUUCUUAUGGAAACGUAGGUGAGUUUGGAGAAGGUUCUUCAACAACAGUAGAUAUUGCUUGCGACAGGUUUCAUAUUAUUUCUAUUGACAACUCUUUCUUAUACGUGGAACAAGACAUUGAAAUAAAACCUUCUGCCAAGUUGUCUGACAAGAAAGGUUGCAAUGGAAUUUUCUAUGUCGGAUACCAAUAUGCUCCAGAAGUUUUUAUGGGAUAUAAGAUAUAUUCUAACUCUGACUUAGUUCAAACAGUAACAUGGGCAAACUAUGAAUGGUUCGCUUUGAGAAACUCAGUACAACCACAAGCUAGAGAACAAACAGACCAGUAUGCAACUAUUGAGAAAAUAAGAAGACUUGACCCUAACGUUCCAGGAGUUUAUGUUAACCUUUCUGGUUCAGAUGGAAAUGCUGUCACUAAAGUAAAACUGAAACUUAGAGUUCCUUUGUCAUCUUUCCUCAUCUUCAGGUUUUUAAGAUACUUGCCAAACUGGGCAGGAAAAAUUUCUAUCGAACUUACUCCAAGCAAAAAUAACUUAGUCAUUGCACCAACGCAAGACCCAUUCACU